AUGUACAAUGAGAUGGACAGCAACUAUGACGACGUCGCCAUCAGCACGUUUAAAAGUGGUCUCCCCACUGAGCAUGGUUUGAGGAAAUCCUUGACUGGUAAGCCUGUUACUAGCGUUCAUCAACUUAUGGACCAAAUUGACAAAUACAAAAGAGUGGAAAAGGACCAACUACAAAGGAAAGGAAAGGAGAAGAUCAUCCCUCAAAAGAGGAAUGAUUUUAAGUCAGAACGAUACAACAAUAACCAUCCGAGGAUAGAUUUCGCAGGGCAAUCAGGAUCAACCAACACGCAGACGGUUAACGUCAUAUUCAGAGAAUUGGUGCACCAAGUUUUAGAGAAAGUCAAGAAUGAGUCAUUCUUCAAGUGGCUGAUUAAGAUGGCUGGAGACUCCACAAAGCGCAAUCAGAGUUUGUAUUGUCAGUUCCACCAAGAUCACGGACAUACUACCGAAGACUGCAGGAACCUAUGGAACCACUUGGAUCAAUUGGUCUGA